AUGCUCAUUAACUUUCGGAUCUUUCUUCUUACCACUUUAUUCCUACAAGCCAAUGCCAACCACUUUACAUUCGACGCAUCCACCCAGAUGAGCAGUGCCGAAAACUGGCUCCAUGAAGAGAUACCGUGUAUUGGAGACGAAAUCCGAUUUGACAGCAGUAUGCCAGUGGUGGCGUUCAUGGAUCAUAACGUUAAUGUCGAAUCGAUCUAUUUACCCAAAAACGGGAUUAUUGUAUUCGCGGAUAACGGAAUUGAUUUGGGCGGUGACUCUAAUUGGCAAUGUGCGAAGGACCAUUUGAAACAGCCAGAACAAAAGUUCUACACCAGUGAAGAUCGUCAUGAUACAUCAUUUUACAACCCGAAAAACUGGAUUCCCGAUAAGAGAUUUUUUCUUCACAUGAACCAGGUGCCUUGUGAAUAUGAUGACGUUACUGUGUCUUCCAUGUCUAGUGCUCAAAUCUAUCUCGACCUUCCUGUGAAAGUCAACAGAUUCCGUUAUUACAAACGAUAUGAGCCGUCGGAUAAGGACCUAUCCAAUGCUCCUGAGUUUGACAGACGACACGUCUCGAUGCUCGCGAUAUUUGUGGAAUUGACUUUGAUGGAGACUUUUAGUUUUUUUUUCGCUGGGAAAUGGGGUGGAAACGGAAGAAGCAGAUAUACAGACUCCAGUUCGAGUGACUUCUGGAAAAAGCAAAACAAGAGCAUUCUGGAAGACUUUGUUUCCAGAAAAUUAGUAAUGAAUUCUGCAAGAAGACUCAAAGAAUAG